UGUUCAUUAGAAUUUCCUCUUCCACUUCAUUCUGUUUGUUGGGUACGGGUACAAUAUCAUCAAACAAUCGACGUGCUCUACUACUUUAGUUCCCCUUGUCUGUUGAAUCACAAAUGAAAAGAAGAAUGAUGCUCAGAUAGUAUUGAGCAUUGCCCACUUAGAGAAGCUAGCUGCACCUUAGUAGUACAUAUUAUCAUCCUUUCUGUUACCUUUUCGUUUGGCACUUUUUUUUCCCUUUUUGUUUCUGUAGCCAUGUCACGAGGUGGAAAUAUUAGGAAGAUAACUGUCUUUUCUCUUGUUUUUGCAGUGUGAAUAGUUUCGAACUAAUCCAAUCACCAGAAAAAUUUGGCAAAGGUCCAUAAAAACAUAGAAGGUAUGACUCGAGCCUAUUUUUCUAGAAAUGUGAUAAAAGGAUGUUGGGGUGAUCAAUGGAUCCAAAUGACCUAUUUUUUUCUGACCAAAUGAUCGAAUCAGAUCAUCACAGCUGUUCCGGAUAUAUAGUCCCAUGAUGCCAAACUGCAGUCUAGUCCACAUGAAUGGACAGGAGUCGGUUCAUUCUCGUACUUUAUUUAUCUACUCUCUUUGGUGCGGUAGCCAUCUACUAUGUAUGUGUGUAGACGUUUAUUGACUCAAUAUUGUGUCUGUUAAGUGGCCGAUGGCAUAGCUUUUCCACAAGAGUAGACAGACUCUCAAGCUCAUGAUGUGGUAGAUAGGGUUAAGGAACAAAGUAAGAUGUAGAGUGAAACUUAGAGUAUCCGUUCUCUUGCUUUUUAUUAAUCAGAAGCAACCUAUAUAUAAUAAGUACAGGGGUAACAAUAGGAAUAACUGGUGCCAUGUACCAGAGUAUUUCACAUGGGGAAACUGAGCCAAACUUUUUGAAUGGAAAAAUUAGCUUAUAUAAAAGGCUACAGCUUUUGCAGCUAACAAGGGGUAGAAACAGCUUGCAUGCAUGAAGGAACUACCAGAAUUCAAAUCAGGGGGAGUCUCAUUUAACAGGGAAUGGGAAAACACUUCGAGAAAAGUUUCUAAGCACUCAAGUAUGGAGAACAAAUCACUUUGUUCAGUAUAUAACCGGCACAUGGACAUUUCAAGGAGCCCCAACCAUGCCAUGGAGUUCUUAUGCCGAUCAUGGAGCCCGUCUGCCUCCGACUUCCAACAGAUGUUCCAAUCAAGUAAUUUGUUCAUGCCUCUGAAUGCCAAUGAGAGCAUAGAGGAGCAUGAAGAGAUAGAGGAGCAUGAAGAGAGAAAGGUACAGAAAACAUUUGACAACCAGGCCUUGAAUAGCAAGCAGAAAACCACCGAAGCGGACAAAACAUGGAUGGACUUCAGUCACAUGAAGGGGUGGCUGAAAGGAAAAUCAUUGACCAACUUGUUUAGAUCAGAAAGGGAGAAGAAGAAAGAGGAAGUCCGACUUCACAUGGCAAAACUACAUGCAGCCCUUUCUCUCACACAACUGGCUGCAGCCAUAGCGGGAUUUGCCACCAAUGGAAACGGUACAGAAGCACAAGAUCACAUCAAACACGUGACAAGUAGCAAUGGAGGAAGAGCAACAGUUUUAGAAUGGGAUCAAGACAUGGGUGUUGUGGUUGCCUCGGCUGCAGCUUUACUCACGGCAGUUUGUGCCGAAGCGGCAGAAGCCCUUGGGGCAAAGCGGGCUCGGGUUGCCUCCGCUGUGAAGUCAGGCCUGGCCACCCAAACUCCUAUUGACAUGAUCACACUAACAGCCACAGCUGCAACAUGUCUAAGGGGAGCUGCAACACUCGAAUCAAGAGCUAAAGCAGACGCAUACUUCCCAAGGAUCCAAGAGCUUCUUAAAGUAGGUGUUCAAACAUUAAUAAUCACGCCUUCUGGUGAGAGAGGACUCAAAUGGGUGAGAAUCCAUCUAAAGCAAAGACAACCGACAUUGAGCUUCAGAAAGAAAUACUUGGGAGGAGCCCUAACAGCUUCAAAACAGUAUAAGAUCAUCAAUGUUUUGGAGGAAAUCAAGGACGACAAAGGCAGCAACUUCCUCAGCUUGCAGACUAACAAAGGCAUUAUCAAGCUGCUCUUUGACGACGAGAAGCAAUCUCUCAUCUUUGUCUCUACAAUUUCCAACCUUCUACGGAUUCACAACUCCUGCGAAAUCAUGGAGUCGAGAAAGUUGUAACUAUUAUGCUUAAAUGUUUCUCCAAUAAUCACAAAGUUUCCUUCAGUUGUCCAA